UUUUCCUGCCUCUUUUAACGCAGUUCUUGCGCUAAGCGGUUAAGUUCCCUCGCCAGCCCUUGCCAGGAACAGGAGUCCCUGCCGCCUCCGGCCCAGCCUCUCGCAACGAUGCGGGCUAUUUGGUGCGCUCCGUCUUGCCUACUUUUCCUUCUCGGCUGCGCCGCGUCUCUGGAGGAGCCAGGCGCUGCCGCCGGCGGUUGCUCGCCCUGCGUCCCCGACGAGUGCCCGCCGCUGCCAGCCUGGGGUUGCCCGCUGGGCAAGGUGCGCGACAACUGCGGCUGCUGCUGGCGAUGCGCUCGGGGCGAGGGAGAAGCGUGCGGGAGCGGAGUCUCGGGCGGAGUCACCGUCUUCUGGGGACGCUGCGCGACCGGCUUGGAGUGCCGCCGCCGAACCAAAAGCCGGGGAGCCACCGCCGUGUGCGUCUGCAAGAGCCGCUACCCGGUGUGCGGCUCCGACGGCCUCACCUACCCCAGCACUUGCCAGCUGCGGGCGGCCAACCUGCUCGCCAAGAGCCGAGGCGACCGCCCAGUCGAGCAGCGGAGCAAGGGGCCUUGCGAGCAAGGCCCAUCCAUUGUGACCCCUCCAAAGGACAUCUGGAAUGUCAGUGGAGCCCAGGUUUACCUGAGCUGCGAAGUCAUUGGAAUUCCCACUCCAACUCUCAUCUGGAACAAGAUAACAAGGGGACAAUAUAGUGUCCAAAGAGUGGAACUUCUUCCAGGAGACCGAGAUAAUUUAGCCGUUCAGACACGUGGUGGUCCUGAAAAGCAUGAGGUGACAGGGUGGGUAUUGAUAUCUCCAUUGAGCAAAGAUGAUGCUGGAGAAUAUGAAUGCCACGCAUCUAACUCUAAAGGAGAAGCCACGGCUUCUGGAAAAAUUACUGUGGUAAAUUCCUUAAAUGAAAUACCUGCAAAAGGUGAAAGUACUGAGCUGUAAAAGGUGAACCAUAUAUACUGCAUAUUGAGAGACAGUGCCUUUCAUCUAUAAGAAGUUUGUUUUUCGGAAAAUUCACAAUCAGCCAUGGCUCUGUUUUACUUCCUACUAUUUUUGCUGUAAUUCCAAUAAAGUAUUAAGCGAA